GCAGAAUAAAGCUGCUGCUGCUGCUCGCUGCCAGUGUUUCUAUAGUCUGAGCGUCCUGGAGCAGAAACCAUGAGCUACGGUCUGUUCUUCUCUGCUGAAACAUGGGCUCUGCUCGUGCUGUUUGUGGCGCUUCUCUUCAUAUAUGGAUCCUGGCCUCAUGGUGUCUUCAAGAAGCUGGGCAUCCCGGGGCCCAAACCUCUGCCGUUCUUCGGAACGAUCCUGGAAUAUAGAAAGGGUGUUCAUCACUUCGAUGUGGAGUGUUUCGAGAAGUAUGGACGAGUCUGGGGUAUCUACGAUGCGAGGCAGCCUGUUCUGUGCAUCAUGGACCAAUCCAUCAUCAAAACCAUCCUGGUUAAAGAAUGCUACUCUCUCUUCACCAACAGAAGGAACUUCCGUCUGAACGGGCCGCUGUACGACGCCGUGUCCAUCGUUGAAGACGACGACUGGAGGAGGAUCCGCAGCGUCCUCUCGCCCUCCUUCACCAGCGGGAGGUUAAAGGAGAUGUUCGGCAUCAUGAAGACUCACUCUCACAUUCUGGUUGAUAAUCUGGGGAAAACUGCGAUGCGAGGAGAAGCCGUGGAUAUUAAAGAGUUCUUCGGGGCGUACAGUAUGGAUGUGGUGACCAGCACGGCGUUCAGCGUCGACAUCGACUCUCUCAACAACCCUAAAGACCCAUUUGUGACCAACAUCAAGAAAAUGCUGAAGUUUGACUUCCUGAACCCUCUGUUCCUGAUCAUCGCUUUAUUUCCUUUCAUCACCCCUGUCCUGGAGAAAAUGAAUUACGCCCUCUUCCCGACAUCUGUGACCGAUUUCUUCUACGCUGCCCUAAAGAAGAUCAAGUCCGAAAGAGUGGCCAAGGACCACAAGAAGAAGCGAGUGGACUUCCUGCAGCUGAUGGUCGAUUCUCAGACAGCAGGGAAACCUGAGCGUGGAAGCAGCGAGGAACACACGGAGAAAGGUCUGAGCGACCACGAGAUCCUCUCGCAGUCCAUGAUCUUCAUCUUCGCCGGGUACGAGACCAGCAGCAGCACUCUGUCCUUCUUCUUUUACAAUCUGGCAACCAACCCAGAGGCCAUGAAGAAACUGCAGGAGGAGAUCGACCAGACCUUCCCUGAUAAGGCUCCGGUGGACUAUGAAGCCGUCAUGAACAUGGAGUAUCUGGACGCGGCGCUGAACGAGUCUCUGCGGCUGUUCCCCGUCGCUGGUCGACUCGAGCGGGUCUGUAAGAAAACGGUGGAUAUCAACGGCUUCCUCAUCCCUAAAGACGUGGUGGUGAUGAUCCCGACAUACGCGCUUCACAGAGACCCGGAUUACUGGAGCGACCCGGAGAGCUUCAAACCCGAGAGGUUCACUAAAGACAACAAGGAGUCGAUCGACCCCUACAUGUACAUGCCCUUCGGUCUGGGGCCCAGGAACUGCAUCGGGAUGAGGUUUGCUCAGGUGACCAUGAAGCUGGCCAUCGUGGAGAUCCUGCAGAGGUUCGACGUCUCCGUCUGUGACCAGACUCAGAUUCCUCUAGAGCUCAGCUUUAACGGCCUGCUGGCUCCCAAAGAGCCCAUCAUACUCAAGCUGGCGCCGCGACAGUGAGCCACAACACCACAUCAUGAGUGACUGGAGAAGAAUCAUGUUUAGGGGUUUUGCUUUGAGACGAUAAGACCAGAAGAAAUAUGAACAUCUGUGGAAAUUACAAUAAAUUUGAUUUAAGAGAUUGAAGUCUGCAGAAAUGUAUCUGAUGUGUCACAAUUGACACGAGUUAUAUUUUCACUGUACAACACAAGCUCUUGCUCGCUAUUUAUUAGUAAGGAUGAAACAUACAAGUUUAAAAGUAAAUUAGCCUUUUAAACUAAUGUGGCGUGAUUAAU